CUAGGUUUACACCUAUGCAGUUUGUGUUUGACCCAGGGGCGGACUGACUAUUCGAACACUCGGGCACUGCCCGAGGUCAGUAGGGGGCCCCAUGAAAUGCCCCUGGUACCUUUUUAUAGGCUUUUUUGGGUGUGCUUUGAGUGUGGGCAAAGACACAGGGGCCCCAUGAUCCCCUAUUGCCCAGGGGCCACAUGAGUUGUCAGUCCGCCCCUGGUUUGACCCUGCCCAUCAUUGCUGCCUAUCAGUUCCCAUCAGUGCCGCAUAUCAGUGCAGCCUCAUCAGUACCUCCUCAUCAAUGCCCA